UUUACGUCUGAGAGUGUCCAAUGGCUGCGCAGAACUUGUGCGUGGUUCCAAGUUUUGUUGACAUCUCAUCGGCGGUAACGGGAAAAUAGAAAACAGUACCAGUGUCAUCCCAGGAAUUAACUUGGGCACCACAUCUACACCGUAGGCCUGGCCUAUAUGGGCCACCUCCUCAGCAAGCAGCGCAGCGGCCAGUCACAGAGUAGCGAGAAGAGACAGCGGGGAGACUGUUUUCUAAGCGGGCCGUGCAUGCUUUGCUUCGUUAUCCACAGUAACCAACGGGAGUCUCCACAGCACCAGCAGGAAUCCGUGCAGAGUCACCGGUCUUCUCAGCAGCUACCAGCAGCCCGCAACGCAGCCCAGGACUGUGCCCGCUUGCUGCUGCUGUGCCCCAGUGAGCUCCGUGCCUGGGAGGAUCUGUGCACCGGUUUGCUGUGCAACUCUCAUCGUCAACCGGUUAGCGCAGAAAUGGUUUGCAAGCGUAAAAGCAGCGAACAGCAGCCCCGUACCCCAUGCAAACAGCCACGCUGCUCCCCUACAGAGGACACCGGUUGCUCUUCAUCCUGUUCACUCUCGCCAACCACCCCUCCUCAGACUACAGAGCAAUGCAGCAGCCCGGAGAGCGAACCUCGUGCACCUGAGGAGCCGUGUGAAGCGCUGCAUAUAAACCAGCUACCCCCGUCACUGCUUCUCAAGAUAUUUUCUAACUUAUCUUUAAAUGAGCGUUGCCUUUUUGCAUCCCUGGUCUGCAAAUACUGGCGUGACCUCUGUCUAGAUUUUCAGUUUUGGAAGCAGUUGGAUCUUAGCAAUCGUCAGCAGGUCAAAGAUGGUUUACUAGAAAGAAUUGUUUGUAGGAAUCAAAACAUCACAGAAAUCAAUAUUUCUGACUGUCGCAAUGUGACUGAUACAGGUGUAUGCAUGGUAGCAUUAAGGUGCCCCGGAUUGUUGAAGUACACUGCUUUCAGAUGUAAGCAAUUAACGGACAUAUCACUUAUUGCUCUUGCUACUCAGUGCUCAUCUCUACAGAAGGUCCAUGUGGGAAAUCAGGACCGUCUUACAGAUGAGGCACUUAAACAGCUGGGUCUCAAAUGCCGAGACUUAAAGGACAUCAAUUUUGGUCAGUGCUACAAGAUAACAGACGAGGGAAUGAUUGCUAUAGCCAAAGGGUGUCCAAAACUGCAAAGAAUUUACAUGCAAGAAAACAAAUUAGUUACAGAUGAAUCAGUAAAAGCAUUUGCUGAACAUUGUCCUGAGCUGCAGUAUGUUGGGUUUAUGGGCUGCUCCGUUACAUCCAAAGGAGUUAUCCACUUUACCAAGCUCCGGCACCUUUCCAGUCUUGAUUUGCGUCAUAUCACUGAACUGGAUAAUGAGACUGUGAUGGAAGUAGUAAAGAGGUGCCAAAAUCUCACAUCGCUAAAUCUGUGCCUGAAUUGGUUCAUUAAUGACAGGUGUGUAGAAGUUAUUGCAAAGGAAGGUCACAAACUUAAGGAGCUGUACUUGGUGUCUUGCAAGAUCACAGAUUAUGCUUUGAUAGCCAUUGGUCGAUACAGCGCCACUAUAGAGACAGUGGAUGUUGGGUGGUGUAAAGAGAUUACAGAUCAAGGUGCCACAUUGAUUGCACAAAGCAGCAAAUCUAUCCGAUAUCUAGGCUUGAUGAGAUGCGAUAAGGUGAAUGAAGCGACAGUAGAGCGGCUUGUUCAGCAGUAUCCUAAUAUUACUUUUAGCACUGUCCUGCAAGAUUGCAAGAGAACUUUGGAGCGGGCCUAUCAGAUGGGCUGGACGCCGAAUGACUCCUCUGCCUCAUAACUCACAAGAACAGCUCAUGUAUUUAGCAGUUGUCUUGGAAAAAUGCUGGUGUAGGACACUCCAUCUUUUGAGAAGCCUAAGCAGCUUUUUUGCUUUCACUUUUUUAUUUCUAUUUCAUUUUUUUCUUUUUUCUUUCAAGGUUUCAGCCACUCAGCACUGGAAUGGCCUGCAAAGCACAUUUUAAGAAUGUCUUCAAGCCCUUCCAAAGUCUGAGAAGUAUAUUUUGCAAACUAGAUGCUUAAAGGGACAUUGUACACGUACAACAUGAUUUUAAACAUGCUGAAAUUAUUUAUUUUUUUGCCUGAAAAAAAAUGGUUAAAACUUUUUUUAAAUUUAAAUUUAAAAAAAUUGUAGCAGUAACAGUUUUGUACUUCGUACUAAUUCUCAUUGGCUAAUAGAUUUUUCAUGCUUAUGCUUAUUGGCUGAUAAGUAGAAAUGCUUAUUUGUGGGAUACUGAACCAUUUAUUUAAGUUUUCACAGCUUUUACAUCACUUUUAUUUCAGGCAAAAGAAAAAAAAAUUAAAUCACAUGCAUGAUAAAAAAUAUUUAGUACAAUGUCCUUUUAAAUAGUGGCAUUUUUUAUUUCUGAUAGAAUUAAUCUUUUUUUGUUGAAAAUAUGAUUAUAAUAUUCUGUUAGAAUGGUUUCAGCAUGUCACUUCAAGUAGUAAAGAAAAAGUAUAAAGUUGUAUUAGUUUUAGUGUUUUAGAGUUUAUGGCAUAUAUUUUGGGUGAAAAAAUCAUAUUUAUUUUUUGGCAUUUGUUUUCUAGAUUAUUCUAUGAUUGUCUAAAUCUGUGACAUUUCUGUAUCUAUUCAAUUGUCAAAGUUGCUUGAUAAUGUAUCCCUUUAAUGUGUGUUUAGGUGUGAUGCUGGAAUUUAUCAUUAAUUUUAAACACACACACAUAUUUCAAGCUACUUUUUGGCCUCAGUAUCAUACAAUUGUAUUACUUUUAUUUUCUAAUGAAAUAUUUUGCUAUAUAUUAAUCACACUAUUUAGCUGAUCUAUAUAUUCAGCUGUAAUAUAAGUUUACAUAGUGACUGACACACGCUGACAUCACUUUGCUGUAAAACCAUUGCAGAUUAUGCUGUUGAAUGAUAUCCUUAAGGCAAUCAUAUCUUUAUUGAUUAAUAUGUUUAAAACCUUAUUCAUUUCUUACUACUAUGGAAAAUUGAUUGAACUGCCCAUCUUCUCUAAUUUAUAUUUAAAAAUUAUUGUAUAUGUGUGUUCAUUCUUAUGAAUAUGUAGUUUCAUAUAGGUUAUAAACAUAAAUGCACAAAAUGAAUAUAAUGCAAGCUGUUAAAUUGCCACUUUGCCUUUUAAGUGAGAAAACCAUUUACUAUUAUGCAUAUAAAUAUUAAAGGAGAAACGUCUAUUUACACUGGAGAUUAUUUCAAAUUACAGUGAAGGCAAUAAUAAUUUUAAAAUCAGUCAUCCAAUGUUAUAUUCAAGUCACAUUUUGUAAUAAAUGUUAUUUGUACUUCUAGUUUUUCUAGGUAGCAGGAGAGAAGUCUAAAAUAUACUUUUUAGUGAAUAUUUAGUACUGAUAUAUCAUGGAAAGUAAUGCUACCCUUUGAGUCAGUUUUUUUCUCCAUUAUUUUACAAGACAAGUAAAGUAUUUUUUAAAUCAUAUAAAUAAAACAAACAUUGUAAAAUGCUAUAUUUACAUUCACCAAAUACAAAAUCAAGAGCACAUUUUCAUGUACAUAUAAACCAUUUCACUGUAGUUUGUCACAAUGUGUGCGAUCCUGAAAUGAGCUAUUCUAUAAAUCAUUUGAUUGGAGCUUUAAAUGUGUCAUUUGGUAAAGUACAUAUAAGCUAAUUAUACUACAGCAAGAAUAAAUAUAAAUUAUAAACUUGUUUAAACUCCAUAAUACCAGAGUAACCCCAGCCCAGUUGUAUUUUGCAGAUAUUUUCCAUUAAAGCAAAUGAGAUCUACUAUAAAUUAAAGGGACACUGUACCCAAAUUUUUUCUUUCGUGAUUCAGAGAGAGCAUGACAUUUUAAUCAACUUUCUAAUUUACUCCUAUUAGCAAAUUUUCUUCAUUCUCUUGGUAUCUUUAUUUGAAAUGCAAGAAAGUAAGUUUAGAUGCCGGCCCAUUUUUGGUGAUCAACCUGGGUUGUUCUUGCUGAUUGGUGGAUAAACUCAUCCACCAAUAAAAAAGUGCUGUCCAGAGUACUGAAUAAUAAAAAAAGCUUAGAUGUCUUCUUUUUAAAAUAAAGAUAGCAAGAGAACGAAGAAAAAUUGAUAAUAGGAAUAAAUUAGAAAGUGGCUUAAAAUUGCAUGCUCUAUCUGAAUCAUGAAAGAAAAAAUUUGGGUUCAGUGUCCCUUUAAUUAUAUAAUUUAUUGAUGUAGAAGGUACCACACAAUAAUGCAUUUGGUCAUUUUUAUAAAUUGUAAUUAAAGGCCUAUACAAGUCUAAAAAGACAAAGCUCUAAUGUUAGAACAUGCUAUUAUAUGGCAAUUGUCUGUAUGUAACUGUGUUUAACCCAUGCAAAGGAAUUAAGUGCAUAGUUAAAGUCAACACAGAGUAUCUAUGCACUAUGAAAAGCUCACUAAAAAUAUCUGGUGAGACAGACAAGAGGCAGAUGUAUAUAGUCACCAAUUACUAACUAGCUCCCAGAAGUUUAGGAUAUGUACUUUUUUUUUUUUUUUUAAACAAAGAAUACAAAGAGAAAAAAAGCAAAUUUGAAAAUAGAAAUUAAUUUAAAAGUGACUUGAAAUUACAUGGUCUACGUGAAUCAUGAAAGUUUAAUUUUGACUUCAUUAUCCCUUUAAAUCAAUAAAAUAUUUUUUCUUAUAUAACUAAAAUGCUGCAUACUGCCCUCUAUAUACUAUAUACAGUAUAUAUAUACAGUAGAGUACACAGAAAACAUUAGCCAAAACACUUUGCAUAAUUUUUGUUUGCUCCUAUAUAAACAAGGAAUUUAGCGACUGAUUAGCUGCAAAAUUGUCACUAUUUAACUUAAAAUUGCUAUAGCUGCUAGAGGGACUUAAUAGUACUUCCAAAUACAAGUGACAGAGCGUAGCUAUGUAAUUCAUGCUGGAUUCAUCAUUUUCCCUGCAGUGUGCUCUGCUAGAAUGUAAGUGAUAUACACUCUAAAGAACAAGACUGUAACAUUAAAAGGAUUAAUUACCAAUCCCUCAGCUGUGAAAGUGGAUUAGAAAUGCACCUGUUUCACAAAAAUGUAAUUGUUAAAACUAAUAAGAUACUUCUGAUUGUUUGUUCUUUACUUUUGCAGCUGGGAAAUCAUUUAUUUUUGACCAUCUCUGAAACACUUGAAUGCUUUUUCCUUCUUUAAAUAAAAUGGAUUUAAAAUGUC